AGCUCCAUGGCGCAAGCUUACUCCUCACUUGUAAAACUAUCUUAUUUCAUGCAAGAAACAUGAUCAUAAACUUUCUACAUUUGUAUUUUCUCCUUUAAAGCACAACUCAAUCCUAUCCUUUUUCUCUGUCUCUUACAACUCUACUACCAUGGCAACUCCUGUGCCAUUUUCUGAACCCAAAGAGCAUAUUUUCCGAAGCAGGUAUCCUGCAGUCCCGGUGCCAGAAAAUGUCACAAUACCAGAUUUUGUAUUACAGGAUGCUGAAUUAUAUGCAGACAAGGUAGCAUUUGUGGAAGCUUUAACUGGAAAGGCCUACACUUAUGGUGAAGUGGUUAGAGAAACCAGGAGGUUUGCUAAGGCCUUGAGGUCCAUUGGCCUUAAGAAAGGACAAGUAGUGAUUGUUGUACUCCCAAAUGUUGCUGAAUAUGGCAUUGUAGCACUGGGAAUAAUGGCUGCUGGUGGAGUUUAUUCUGGUGCCAAUCCUGCAGCACAUGAAUCUGAAAUUAAGAAGCAGGUUCAGGCUGCCAAUGCCAAGCUUAUUGUAACCAAUGAUCUUAGCUAUGGGAAGGUGAGUAGUCUAGAGCUUCCGGUGAUUCUGACAGGCGAAACGCGCAUUGGAAGUGCAAUGAAUUGGCAUGAACUGCUUGAUUCGGCUGACCGAGCAACUGACAAAUAUGUCUGUGAAGAUGUACAUCAGAGUGACCUAUGUGCACUUCCAUUCUCAUCAGGCACCACUGGGAUCUCAAAAGGUGUAAUGUUAACUCAUAGAAACCUGGUAGCUAACCUGUGCUCAAGUCUCUUCAGUGUUGGACCUGAAAUGCUUGGUCAGGUUACUACUCUGGGGCUAAUUCCAUUCUUUCACAUCUAUGGCAUCACUGGAAUAUGUUUUGCAACUCUUAGGAACAAGGGAAAAGUGGUAGUGAUGAGUAGAUUUGAACUCAGGACAUUUCUUAAUGCACUGAUCUCACAGGAGGUCACAUUUGCACCAAUUGUGCCUCCAAUUAUUUUGGCCUUAGUUAAGAACCCCAUUGUAGAGGAAUUUGAUCUCAGCAAGCUCAAACUCAGAGCAAUUAUGACUGCAGCUGCUCCACUUGCUCCUGAGCUACUCACAGCUUUUGAAAAGAAGUUCCCUGGAGUCCAAGUUCAGGAGGCAUAUGGACUGACUGAGCACAGCUGCAUCACACUGACCCAUGGAGAUCCUGAUAAAGAACAUGGAAUUGCAAAGAAGAACUCAGUAGGAUUCAUUCUUCCAAACUUGGAAGUAAAGUUCAUAGAUCCUGAAACUGGUGGAUCUCUCCCCAAGAACACUCCUGGUGAAAUUUGUGUAAGAAGCCAAUGUGUAAUGCAAGGCUACUAUGACAAUAAGGAGGAGACAGCCAGGGCUAUUGACCAAGAUGGGUGGCUACACACUGGUGAUAGUGGAUACAUUGAUGAUGAUGGAGAUAUUUUCAUUGUGGAUCGAAUCAAAGAACUAAUCAAGUACAAAGGUUUUCAAGUGGCCCCUGCAGAGAUAGAAGCUAUCCUUCUCGCUCAUCCCUCUGUUGAAGAUGCAGCUGUCGUACCGCUGCCAGAUGAAGAGGCUGGGGAGAUUCCAGCAGCUUGUGUGGUGAAAAACAAAGAAGCCAAAGAAAACGAAGAAGAUAUAAUAAAGUAUGUGGCUUCUAACGUUGCCCAUUAUAAGAAAGUACGAGUUGUACAGUUUGUGGAGAGUAUCCCUAAAUCACCUUCUGGAAAAAUAAUGAGGAGACUUAUCAAAGAAAAGAUGAUUGAGAAGCUGCAGCACAAUCCAAAGCCUCUGCCUCCCAAUUCACACUAGUUUUAAUUAAUCCCCUUGGGACAUUAAUAAUGAUGUUUGUGAACUUCUGUUUCAGUUAUAAUCAUAAUCCUUUUCCCUUUUUCUUA